AUGCCUCCAAGCUACACGUGGACUACGAUCUGUAGUGACAUGGCUCGCGAGGAUUCCCAGCUGCUGAUGGAGGACAUGAAGUUCUUCAUCAUCGUGAAAAGCCAACUGGUUCCCUGCGUUGUGUGCGCGCUGACAAGGCCAGAUAAGAUGCGCUACCAGCUGCUACGCUGCUCCUCGGAAACAUGCCGGGCUGCGACGCCGUAUGAACCAUGCCCAUGGAUGGGGAAGGUGUUGACCUGUCAAGAGCUCCAUCGGGUGACGAUCAUGGAAGUCGGUGCCCAUGAGACGCUCGUCAGAGACCCACAGAGGCCCAAGAUGACACCUCGACUGAAAGACUACAGCCGCCAAAUGGCGACGCAAGGGUUGAAGCCAGCUCGAAUCCGCAUGGGCAUCGCUCGGCGUUUUGGCUUGUCGGAGACCGACUUGCCGACCCUCAACCAAGUGCAAUGGUUCGCUGCCGCGUACACCAAG